AUGCGUACAUACAAAAGGAAGACUACAAGAUGUUCUUACACUACUGAAGAUUUAAAAAAUGCUGUAAAAGCAGUCAACGAUGAAGGAAAAAGUGUAAAUGCCGCCGCUAAAAAAUUCGGUAUUAAAAGAAUGACUUUAACAAGAUUUUUGAAGAAACUAAAUGAAGGUGGUGAUUCAUCCAUGGGAUAUACAACACCGAGACAAAUAUUUUCUCCUACACAGGAAGAUUCUCUAAAAAAAUACUUGCUACAAAUGGCUUCGAUCUUCUAUGGAUAUUCUCCAAAAGACGUCCGUCGCCUUGCCUACGAGUGUGCUGCUAAAUUUGACAUUAAAAUUCCACCUAGCUGGACUGCAAAUAAGAUGGCCGGAAAAGAAUGGCUUUCGAUGUUUUUAAAACGAAAUCCGGAGCUAUCCAUACGAAAACCAAAACCCACCAGCCAUGCCAGCCACCCAAAAUCAUUAAAUGCGCAGAAUGUUAAAGUUUUUUUUGAGAAAUUAGCGGAAGCAAUGGAUAGAUAUGGAUUUACUGCGGCAGACAUCUGGAAUAUAGAUGAGACAGGAGUAUCCACUGUUAUGAAGCCAAAUAAAAUUGUAGCUGCCAAAGGUAAGCGCAACGUCGGCGCAAUGACUUCUGGGGAACGAGGGACUAACGUUACUGUAGUAACUGCUGUAUCUGCUCUUGGAAAUAAUGUGCCUCCUAUGUUUGUAUUUCCGAGAAAACAAUUUAAGACACACUUUCUUAACGGUGGUCCCCCUGAAUGUAUAGGAGCCGGAAAUGCUAGUGGAUGCGUUACAGACGAAGAAUUCUAUCAUUUUAUGCAACAUUUUAUAAAACAUGUGAAACCGUCCAUAGAGCGCCCUGUUUUGUUGGUGUUGGAUAAUCACUCCUCUCAUUUGAACGUGAAAACACUAAGUUUGGCCAAAGAGAAAGGAGUUGUAAUGCUGUCCUUUCCUCCUCAUUGUAGCCAUAAAUUACAACCGUUGGAUGUGUCAGUCUUUGGACCGUUCAAAAAGUAUUGUGCUGCUGCUAAAGAUGCAUGGCUACGAAACAACCCGGGGAAAACCCUCACUAUUUAUGAUAUACCAAAAAUAGUCGCUGAUUCGUUGCCGUUUGCUCUGACAAAAAUAAAUAUUGUUUACGGUUUCCAAAAAACAGGCAUCUUCCCGUAUAAUGCACACAUUUUUGGUGAGGAAGAGUAUUCCCCAUCAUUUGUAACCGAUCGUUCCGAACCAGAAACUAUCGAGUCGGAAAAAGAUCCAGUGUCCAGUACUGAACCUUAUCCCACUCUUUGUGUCUCAACCAGCCAAGUUGAACCCGAAGCUGGCCCAAGCAUCAAAAAAAACGAGACGAUCGACCUACGAGUAUUUUCCCCGGAAAUUGUACGACCAUACCCAAAGGCAGGCCCUAGAGAAGCAACUAAAACUAAUAGAAGAAAGAGAAAAGCUGCAAUACUUAUAGACAGUCCCGAAAAGAACGCUUUAGAAGAAUAGCAAACUA